AUGAAACCAUCACAAAUCCGAUCAUUUUUUUCACGAUUAAAGUGGUUACGACAGACGACAAAAGAUACUGAACCAAGUGAACCUGAAAGUGAUAUUGACGAUGAGGAAGAAGCGUAUAAAGAUGACAUGGUCGAUCAAGAAAUAACAGAUCAAGAAAAUUUGCGAAAAGAUGUGGUUAAAGAAAUAUCAAAAACAAAACCAAAACGUCCAUUAUCAGAAGCGGGUCAAACAGAAUCUUCACAGAAAACGCAGAAAAAAUAA